AAUGGCAGUCUCUCUCAGCUGCAAUUUACAUUCCAAUCAUGAAGGAGUUUGACGAUUUUAACUUUAGCGUUGAUAAAUAUACUAAGGAGCUGACCCGAGAAUGCGUUGGUGGCAGCGAUUUGCAGCAGCGAAAGAAGGAAAUCGAGGCUUACAACGAAACCACGGCCGCGACUCUCAAACAAACAUGCAAGAAAAACUACAUGGAGUUCAUCCAGACUGCCAAGGAGAUAUCACAUCUCGAGUCGGAAAUGUAUCAGUUAUCCCACAUUCUGAUCGAGCAGCGCAAUAUUCUGGGCACAAUGACGGAUGGAAAGACCUCCACCCAUCUGAAGGCGGACAGUGUGGAGGCGGAGAGCAGCGCAGCAGCGGACGAUGUGGAAAAUAGUCAUGCCACCAGAGCUGUAAAGGAAAUGGUUCAAGGCUUCAAUGGGAACCUGGAGGGGAAAACCUUCCUAAAUGAGGGUGCCCUCAUUGAGUUGGACGGCAACGAUUACAGACCCAUCCAGCGGGUGUUCUUCUUCCUGUUCAACGAUGUCCUAAUCGUCUGCAAAGUAAAGCAUGACAAACGUUUGGACUUUCUCACCGAGUACGAUCCGAAGAAAAUAGCAGUGAUUAAUAUUAAGGACUUGGAUGGCGUUAAAAACGCCAUAAAUAUCAUCACACCAGACGGUUCCAAGAUUUAUCAGAGCAUCACGGCUGCUGGAAAAACCGAAUGGAUCGAAAAACUCGAGGAGGCCUUUCGCUUUGACCAGCAAAAGAAGCCGAAGAAGGGUCAAGCUCCUCAGCCACCAACGCGCGCGAAGCAGCAGUCCAAGGCUGCUACGCCCGAAAAGGACACCGCACCGCAAAGUCCCGGCGAGCCCAAAUCCCUGGAGGAUGAGACGCCCGAGUGGCUUAACACAGCCAGCGAGGAAAUCCAGACUCUGGUGGCCCAGCGACACUUCGAGGAUGCCCAGGAGUUAAUCAAGCGAUCUCAGGAAUUUAUGAAAACGGAGAGCAGGAAAAAAGUGCCACAAGCGGCCGUCAUUGAGGGCAAGGUGAAGCAGCAGGAGUUGAAGCUGAUCAAUGUGCUGCUAAAGGAGCUAUCUAACAGUCACAAUCGCAAUCUGCAAAUAGCUUUGCGGGCCGCCAAGCGACCGCUGAAGAUUCUUGUGGAGAUGGGACGCUACCGCCAAGCGAGCGCUACUCUGCUAAAGGUGUGCGCUGUGAGUUUGAGGGUGGCGCAGCGAGAGGCUCGUAGGAACAAUGCGGACAUAUCGGAACUGUUCUUCUGUGAUCUAACGCAGGUGGCCUGCGAUUUCCUAACAGCCUUCGAACAGCAGCCAGCCUGUGUUAGUGCUCUCGUGGUUUGGUGCAAUGCCGAAUUGCAAUACUUUGCCAGUCAGUUGAUUAAACACUAUCUGACCAAAGGCACCUCCCUGGAGGCGGUGGCCAAGUGCGUGGAGCGGGUACGCAAACCCUCGACAAAGCUCACGGAGAUUGGGCUGGAUAUAAGCUACCACCUGGAGGGUCUGCUGCGAACCACCCUAGAGUCUCUGAUUGAAGAGUCUAAGGAGCGACUGUUGGAUUCCGUUGGCCGGACAGAGGAGAGCUGGCAGCCGUAUAAUCUGCAGACCAAGUCGAAUUUAAAGCGCCUUCUGCUAGAGUUGGAUGUAUUGGGCAUCGAUGUGCGGGCUCAGGCUACGGGGGAUACCUGGAUGAACCUCACCCAGUCCACAGUGGUUUUUAUACGCCAUUUCCUGCAGCUCACCGAAUAUUGUGGCUAUCUGGCCAAAUGCGAGACGCUACUGCAGAGUCUGGAGAUGUUGUUGAAGGAACUAUUUAUUGCCCAGCACUCACUGAAGCCACCCAGCGACAUGGCAGUGGAUCCCAACUUUGUGAUGAAGAAUAAAAUCUUUCUGGUGGACAACCUCCUGCCCAUUGCCAUCGACAAGUUUCGUCAGAUCUCGGGUCGCCAGUGCGAGGGAUUACGCGAACUGCACACCAAGAUGUCCCGACAGCAGGGCGCUCCACUGCCACGCCAGCGCAGUGUCUACACCACAGAUGUCUUUUAGAUGCGCGUCCAAGGCUUUACUUUCGAUUACAUAUAAUUUUUUAUUUUCUCGUUUUGCUUCAAUUAUUUAUAAUAUAAUU